UUACAGCUACAUCCAGAUUUCAUUAUGCAUCAGAAAAAUGAAAAAACAGAGGAAAAUUCUAUGGAGGAAAGGAAUCCACUUAGCCUUUUCUGAGAAAUGGAAUACUGGGUUUGGAGGCUUUAAAAAGUUCUACCUUCACCAGCACUUCUGCAUUCUGAAAGCAAAGUUGGGAAGGCCAAUUACUUGGAGCAGGCAGUUGAGGCAUUUCCAGUGCAGAAAGAAGGCCUUUCAAAUUCAGAAAACGUGGAUCCAGGAUGAACACCUUUUUGCUAAGACAAAGUCGAAUGUGACUGCUGAAAAUGUUAGUGCUUUGUCCUCUACAGUGAAAAGAAAAAGUACUAAACACUUGGUUUCCUCCUCAAGGACCCUCCUGAAACUUCAAGCAGAGAAGUUGCUCCCAGCAAAGAACUCUGACCAUGAGUAUCAUGAAGAGAAAAGUCUUUUGCAGGCAGUUGCUGACUUACCAGCAAAUAGUGUUUUAGGUCAGGCCAUUGAUCACAGACCUAGCACAGAGCUGCAAGCUUCUGACUUUCCCAUGAGGUUCAAUGGGGACAGCCAAAGUUCAGGUGAGAGUGGUGCAGUUGUGGUCACGUUGAGCAACCAUAAGAGGAAGCGCUUUUGUUAUGGCUGCUAUCAAGGGCUGGAGCGUCACAGGAAUAGGGGAUCCCUGACUCCAAAAAAGUUCCAACUUAACCAACAUAGAAGAAUAAAAGUUUCUCCUCUUAUGAUGUAUGAGAAAUUAUCCAUGAUUAGAUUUCGGUACAGGAUUUUCAGAUCCCAGCACUUCAAAACAAAAAGCAAACUUUGCAGGCUGAAAAAAGCCCAGCAAAGCUGGGUGCAGGUCACUGGGGACCAUCAAGAGACCCUUAGGGAGAACGGUGCAGGUGGCAGUUGCAGCCCAUUCCCUUCCCCAGAACUUAAAGACCCUUCUUGUCGGCAUCAACCACACUUUCCAGAUAUGGACAGCAGUGCUGUGGUGAAGGGAAAGAACUCUCAUAUGCCUGAUGGCUGUACUAAAGGAAGCCCUUUCUUGGGCAAGGAGCUUGGUUUAGAUGAAGCAUUCCCUGACCAACAGAAUGGCAGUGCCACAUACACCUGGGACCAGUCACCCUCUUCCUCUCCUAAGUGGGAGUUUUCAGAGCUGAUUCAUGACAUCCCCUUACCAGACCAUCAUUCUAGUAACAUGUUUAUCUCAGAAACCGAAAGAGAAACUGUGACUCUGGGUCAGGAAAAUCGGACAAGUACUGUCAGUGAUGACACGGUAAAAUUGUCAGUGUCUGGGGCAGAUCAAUCUGUAAGUAGUGUAGAUGGGACUAAGUCCGAAGAGACUGUUCAGAAUGAGAACUCAUGCCAGAUGGAUGAGGAUGGAUCUCUGAAGCAGAACAUUCUUAGUUCUAAGUUACUGGACCACCCUUACUGUAAAAAUCCACUGGAGGCUCCUCUGAUGUGCAGUGGACUCACACUAGAAAAUCAAAUGGGAGGUGGGAAGAACAGUCAAAAAGCAUCUCCAGUGGAUGAUGAACAGCUGUCAAUCUGCCUUUCUGGAUUCCUAGAUGAGGUUAUGAAGAAGUAUGGCAGUUUGGUCCCACUCAGUGAAAAAGAUGUCCUUGGAAGAUUAAAAGAUGUCUUUAAUGAAGACUUUUCUAAUAGAAAACCAUUUAUCAAUAGGGAAAUAACAAACUAUCGGGCCAGACAUCAAAAAUGCAACUUCCGUGUCUUUUACAAUAAGCACAUGCUGGAUAUGGAUGAUCUGGCGACACUGGAUGGUCAGAAUUGGCUGAAUGACCAGGUCAUUAAUAUGUAUGGUGAGCUGAUAAUGGAUGCAGUCCCGGACAAAGUUCACUUCUUCAACAGCUUUUUUCACAGACAGCUGGUAACCAAAGGCUAUAAUGGAGUAAAAAGAUGGACUAAAAAGGUGGAUUUAUUUAAAAAGAGCCUUCUGUUGAUUCCUAUUCACCUGGAAGUUCACUGGUCUCUCAUUACUGUGACACUCUCUAACCGAAUUAUUUCAUUUUAUGAUUCGCAAGGCAUCCAUUUUAAGUUUUGUGUAGAGAAUAUAAGAAAGUAUUUGCUGACUGAAGCCAGAGAAAAAAAUAGACCUGAAUUUCUUCAGGGUUGGCAGACUGCUGUUACAAAGUACUGCAAGUGCCUCGCCUUAGAGCAGCCUUUCCAGUUUUCCCAAGAAGACAUGCCCCGUGUACGGAAGAGGAUUUAUAAGGAGCUGUGUGAGUGCCGGCUCAUGGACUAAAACUCAGCAAGGCUGGGAAAUCUGACCAAGUUGGAGCAGAUGGUUUGUUACUUGAAUCUCCAAACACUUAUUUGAAUUUUUACAGAUAUUUCAGAUCAGUGGUAUUGGGCCACUAUUGUUACCUCAAGUUUAUUUUUAGCCCUUAUUCAUUUCUCUAGCUACCAUGUACUAUUUUUUAAUGUUCAGUUUGGUUUCGGUUUUAACUUUAUGAAUUCCAUAUGUUCCCCCACCCCAUAUUUAAUAUUUAUUAUCCAAAUGCAUGCAUAUAGACAGAGCAUGCAGUGCAGAGUAUUAAAAAAAAAAAGCCUAGUAGAUUUGGUGCAGCUUUUGAAACUUAGAUGUGAACUGAAUACAGGUUUGAAACUUAAUCCCAGAACCUAAAAAUGCAGGAUACAACAUAACUCUGAGGAUAUUAGGUGUUCCCUGGGCAUAAAGGGUAGCUAGUUGUUGUUUUGACAAAGCCAGCCCUGUCUUACUUUUACCAGCAGUACCUUUCACUGACUUCCCUCUCUGAGUGAGUCUUGGAAUGUGAGUUGCAUUCCUUUUGACGGGUGAGAAAGAAGUGGCCAAAAACUAACUGGUGUGUUCUCUUUAUGGAGGCACAUGUGAGAAGAAUUAGAAUAAAUGCCUAAGUCUUAUAAAGGCUUUUGCUGGAACACCGAAUUCCCUGGAUUUUUGUUUUUGACCCAGAGCCAUUAAAAACCUUACUGUCUAUUAAACAAGUGAUCAAACAAAUGACAGUUCAGCCUAAGAGUAAUUUAUAAGUUGACACUCCCCUUGUGUUGUCUCCCAUAAGAAUUUAAGAUUUGCCAAAUACCUUUCUAUUGCAAGGGUAUUUAAAAUACGAAGGUUCAAAACUGAAGACUGGCUUCAGGUCUUUUACAGGCUGGGGGGAGAGGAAAGGUAAUAAGAGACUUGAUUCCUCAGGAGUACAGUAAGUGUUAUUAGUUUUUUCCCCCCUUAGCUCUUUAGUGAUCUCAGCAACGUGCAAGUUCCUCAUUUGGCCUCUGCUCGACCAACCCUAUGAACCUCAUCUUCCGGAGAAAGGCAGAAGUGGCCCUGUCCUUACACUUAGCUGCAUUGGGGUUAAUGUAAAGGAUCUUGCAUCUUUAAUCCAGCCUUUUAUGGUAUUUGAAAGGAAAUAAAAGAUGCGUGUUAAACUACCCAAUUAUCUGUUCUGAACUAGGCAGGAAAAACAACAAAUAUGUGUAUAAGAAACUCAGAAGCUUGUACAGAAAAAUACCAAGAAAAUGGCAGAAGAUACUUGGGAUCUGCCUACUUAGGUAUUAAAAAUAAAAAGCAAAAAUGUACAGUUUAACUUGGCCAUAAAGGCUGACUGCCAGCAGUUGAGAGUAGAGUCAGACAUGUUUACAAAAUGCAGGGUUCCCUCCCCAGACAUUCCAAGCACCAACACCAGUGUUUACAUUGUAAACAGCCCCAGCACUUUCCUAAGUCCCCCAGACUCAAACUUCUUAGUAUAAAACCAGGUCAGUAUUUCUUAUUGUGCUUCAAGUCGUUAAAAAGACUGAGAUUAGAGGCACUUGUGCUGCUAUAGAUAGGGUUGUCUGCAUUAGGAAAGAUUACAGUUUAAAAUGGGGAGGACGUCUUCUUGAGGUUUUCAAUUUUCAGACAUAAAUAUGCAAAAUGAGAUUUUUCAAAUCUAUAUGUAAUAACAUUUGCCUUUUUUUUUCCCUUUGGUAGCUAUACAAAGGAGCCAGUAACUAGGCUAUUGAUUAAAAAUGUCUUAUACUUUAGAGCUCCAUAUCUCACCUCCUUACUGACAGAAUUAGGCAUGCAGAAGAGUCAGAACUGUGUUCUGGCAAGAAUCUUAAUGCCCAAAGCCUAGUUGUCAUUUCCUCCAAUCUGAGAAAUUGUCAUCAUCUCAGCAUUGAGGCUUGCAGGAAUGUUCAUAGAGAACGUAAAGUGAGCUGUCCAAGUCCAGUUCCUCAUUCACUUCCAGCUUUACAGGACACCUUGAGGUGCAUUGCUAAGCAUGCUUUAGCCUAAAUUACAAAUAUUUUAAGUCUGGUUACGAUGUUUCUCUGCACACAUAGUCACUUUUCCCCCUCUUGUGAUUAGCAGCACACCUCUGUUUAGCCCAAGUCCUACAUUAGAAUGGCCUUUGCCCUGAUGUUUGCAAUAACUGCUUCCUUGCAACAAAGACAUUUUUGAAAUAUAGUUUGGGCUGUUGGUGGAAGAGACAGGCAUUGUUUUAUUGUCAGUAGCUUGGCACUGAAUUGUUGCCCACAAAGUGGGUAGAUAUUGUGCUUUUGGAUGGAGUGCAGGCUUUGUACAAACUAAAAGCUAUUUAUGAUGUGCCUUCAACAAGCUGCCCAGUUCUCUCCAUCAGCAAACUUACCAGUCUGUAGUUGUUUCU